AGUACCCGACACAUUCAGAAUGGCAGAAAAUUUGUCUUCCGACACACCUGAUCUCACCAAAUCAAAUAGUAGCAACUACGGGAAGCAGUCCUUGGAAUCCGUGCUGAGUGACCAAAACUAUCUUUUUGUCGUGGCUUUGGAUUUUGGAACAACAUAUUCAGGUUACUAGUAUUCUUUUAGCGCAAGGGACAGAUUUCGUCGAAACCCUUUGGAUAUCCAUUGCAAUCAGGAAUGGAUUGGGGGAGGCGCAUCUUUGAUUUCGUUAAAAACUCCAACAUCUCUUCUUCUUGACAAGGAUGGCGCAUUUGUGGCAUUUGGUUACGAGGCAGAGGAUAAGUUUUAUUCAGAAGUGGCAAGGGAUCGACGUGGAAAUUUUAUGCUGUUCAGACGAUUUAAAAUGAAAUUACAUAACAAGAAGGGAAUUAGUGAAAUGCUUUAUUUGGAAGAUGAGGCUGGAAAAGGAUAUCCUGCAAAACAUGUUUUUACGCUAUCCAUAAAGGCAUUGGUAGAUCAUUUUAAAGGACACAUCAAAAAACAGAUUCUUGACAUAGAGUUGUCAGAAAAAGAUGUAAGAUGGGUUUUAACGGUUCCCGCAAUCUGGAGUGAUGCUGCUAAGGAAUACAUGCGACAAUGUGCUAUUAAAGCAGGCAUUCCGGACAAAAUGUUGAAAAUUGCUCUGGAACCAGAAGCAGCAUCUAUAUAUUGCCAAUUUCUUCCCAUCGAAAGGAACCCGGAAGGUUUUGGAAUGACAAAGGAAGGCACAAAAUAUAUGAUUGUUGACAUAGGAGGAGGCACUGCUGACAUAACUGUUCAUGAAAAAGUCAAAGCAGGGAAAUUGAGAGAACUCCACCAAGCCUCUGGAGGAGCAUAUGGAGGAACAGCGGUUGACAGAGAAUUCGAGAAAUGCCUUACAGAUAUACUGGGAGAAAAAGUCAUGGAAACACUCCGUAAAUCGAAAACAGAAAUAUACAUCGAUAUCUUUAGGGAGUUCGAAGUUGCAAAACGGACAUUCACACCGGACAGCGAAGGCCCUAUUCGAAUGACAAUUUCGUAUGUUGCACUGAAUGAGUUAUCAGAGAAAAUUUUAGGAAAGACUUUGGUCGAGUUAUUCAAGAACGUAGAGGGAAUGCGAUUGAAGUUGGACAAACUGCAUAUAGAUGUUGAGACCAUAAAGAGGUUUUUCGAUCCAUCGAUUAAAGAACUUAUCCAGCAUAUGCAACAAAUUAUGCAAAAUCCACAGACAGAUGGAAUAACCAUUAUUUUGUUAGUUGGGGGGUCAGCUGAUUCCAAAUAUAUACAAUCCAAGGUUGAAAAGGCGUUUGAUUCAGUUCGGUUGAUUAUACCCCCAGAGGCAGGAUUGGCGGUGCUGAAAGGAGCUGUUAUCUUCGGUCAUGAUCCAACCCUCAUUAAAUCAAGAAUUUUGCGUUUUACGUACGGUACUGGAGUAUGUCCCGAUUUCGAUCCAACUAUUCACAGAGAAGACAAGAAAAUAACAAUUCAGGGUGUCGAUCGUUGUACUGAUUGUUUCAGUGUGAUCCUUUCCGCGGGAACUGAGGUGGAAAUAGGUCAGGAAAAAGUCCAAGGGUAUUCAGCCGCCUCUUGCCUUCAAGAUGGAGCCUUAGUACAAAUAUUUUGCUCACCCAAAAAGGAAGUGAAAUAUACAGAUGAUCCCGGAUGUUUUCUACUUGGAGAACUGUACGUUCCUUUACCUAUAACUCGUUUGAUGGGGAUUUUGAAUAAAGGUGGGGGAGAAGCACAACCAUUCAUUGUUGUUUACAUCUUUGGAGACACAGAAUUGAAAAUUAUGGCUAUAGAUGCUGUAACUAAAAUUCCGACAAGCUGCAUAUUGAAAAUGAAAGAUUUUGAGAAUGAAGAGGAAAACGAAUAA